CUAUAGUAAUAAAUAAAUGGCAGAAAUCAAAAUUAGUAGUAAAACAAAAGAUAGAGUGAAUGCUUGUAAGGCUUAUGUAGAAAGAAAAUAUAAAAUGUUUAUAACAUAAGAGAUGGAAAAGAUGUAAAAUUGGCAAUAAUUGGAAAUGAUAUUAAAAAGUCUUAGUUUUACAGCUAUAGAAUAGGAAUUGAUAAAGAAGGAAAUAUAAAGAAAGGAAGCGAUGCUUUUAAGAAAAAAGUUAAUAUGAUUUAAUCUUUAGGAGAUAAAAGAUUACGGUUGAAGAUUUUGAAUCGUUGGCCAUAAUAGGUAGAGGUGCUUUUGGAGAAGUUAGAGUAUGUAGAUAAAAGAAUACAAAUGAAAUUGUUGCAAUAAAGAAAAUGAAGAAAUCUGAAAUGAUAUUUAAAAAUUAAUUAGGACAUAUAAGAGCUGAAAGAGAUUUAUUAGUAUAAUCAAAAUGUAAAUGGAUAGUAGAAUUGAAAUCUUCAUUUUAAGAUGAUGAUAAUCUCUAUUUAGUAAUGGAAUUUUUAAGUGGAGGAGAUUUAAUGACAUUGUUAAUUAAAAAAGAUAUUAUUCCAGAAAGAGAUGCAAAAUUCUAUAUAGCUGAACUUAUUUUAGCUGUAGAAGAAAUUCAUAGUAUGAAUUAUAUUCAUAGAGAUCUCAAACCUGAUAAUAUUCUUAUUGAUUCAGAUGGUCAUCUAAAGAUUUCAGAUUUUGGUUUAUGUAAACAUUUAGGUAUGCAUUAUGAUAUGGCUAUCCCAUAUAAAAAUAACAAUUCAAAUGUUGUAUCUAAUAAUAAUUAAUCACGUCGUUAAUUAGCAUAUUCAACUGUUGGAACUCCUGAUUAUAUUGCACCUGAAAUAUUCUCAUAAAAAGGUUAUAAUCAAUUAGUUGAUUGGUGGAGUAUAGGAGUUAUUUUAUUUGAAAUGGUUAUAGGUUAUCCACCUUUCUACAGUGAUACACCUUAAAAAACAUGUUAAAAAAUUUUAUCAUGGAAACAUCAUUUCAAAAUACCCAAAGAACCUAAAAUAUCUUCUUAAUGUUAAGAUUUGAUUCUUAAACUUAUUUCUGAUUCAAAUGAAAGACUUGGAGAUCCCAAUAAAAUUAAAAAACAUCCCUUCUUUUGUGGUAUAGAUUGGAUUAAUAUCAGAAAUCAAAAACCUCCAUAUAUACCUGAUAAAAAGAAAUUAACAGCUAAUUUUGAUAAAUUUGAAGAAAAAGAACCUUGGAUUCAUGUAAUUCAUACUGAUAAAGAUAAUAAUGAUAAUGAAAAAAAUAAAUUUAUUAAUGAAAAUAAAAAAUAUUUUCAUGGAUAUACAUAUAAAAGAAAUUUUGAUAUUGAGAUUAGUCCCAUUAAAAGAGUUUUAGAAGAAUUACAAAAUAUUAGACCAUCAGGAUUCAAAGCAGAAUUCGAUAAAAAAUAAAGAUCCUAAUCUCCUAAACCUAUUAAUGCACCUCCAGAAAUUAAUAAAUCUUAAAGAUCUCAAUCUCCAACAAUUAAAGAUUAACUCAAAAAUACUUAUAUGUAAUAUAUUGGAUAAUUUUUAUCACCAUUAAAUAAAUUAUAAUAAAAAUAAAGUUGA